AUGCGGGGACCUGAGGCAUCGGGGCCUGGGGCUCUGAUGGGCGCUCCGUCAACCCUCACCACCUCCGUCCGAUCGACUAUCUCCUCCAUCCAUCCCACAGCCGAUCCCGAAGUGGUCGCGUCCAAUAUUCAAAAUGUCCUGCUGUCCGUGUCCUCGAAUUCGAAUGGCGGUCCCGUCGCCGUCACUGGCACCCCAUCCGGGUCAACCGGGAAGGGUAUCUUGAUCGGCGUCCUAUCCGCCUUUGGAUCCGCCCUCGUUGCGGUAUUGGUGCUGGCCAUCUUCUUCUUCUUCAAGUACACGCAGCGCGGCCGCAUCUUCCUCGACAGUAUCGGCCGCCCCGGUGAAUAUGAUGAUGAACAGGCGUUUGCGCGCGAGGAGGAGGAGGCUCUGGAAGCCAUGGACGAUCUGUCGCGGUCGGAAUAUUUGAGGGCGAAAGCCUUUACCGAAGCCUAUCCCCCCGAGUCCGUGCAGACCGACAUUUCGCUUUCGCAGUUCCUUGCGAUUCAAGAAAAAGGUGUAUCCGCCUGGGAAUUCCAACCGGAGUUGGAGAUCGCCAAUUGUUUCGUCGAAGCCCGCACCGAAGUCGAGUUCUUCGACUCGGAGUGUAGCGUCCAGACCAACCUUCCGGUUCCGAAGCAGAAUGAUGUCUACUACUGGGAGGCGAAGAUCUUUGAUAAGCCGGACAGCACCCUUAUCAGUAUCGGCAUGACCACCAAACCGUAUCCUUUGUUUAGAUUACCAGGCUUCCACAAAUCCUCCGUGGCAUAUCAGUCAACGGGACACCGACGCUAUAACCAGCCCUUCACCCCAACCCCGUAUGGCCCUCAGCUACUCCAAGGCGAUGUAGUUGGCGUGGGAUACCGGCCCCGUUCGGGAACCAUCUUCUUCACUCGCAACGGGAAGAAGCUGGAAGAGGUGGUUCAUGGUCAGAAAGCGCAGAACUACUUCCCUACGAUUGGGGCGAAUGGGCCCUGUGCGGUCCAUGUGAACUUCGGCCAGAUGGGAUUUGUGUUCAUCGAAGGGAACGUGAAAAAGUGGGGCCUUGCUCCGAUGACAGGAAGCCUGGCUCCUCCGCCACCGUACGGCAGUGAGCAGGGCAGCAUCCUGCUUGAGUCUGGUCGAGAAAGCGCCGCGCAAAUCUCCCAGCGAGUAUAUCAGAACGCCAACUACGCGCGCACCAACUCGACCGUCCGGAUACCCCCCUCGCACAGUCCCGGUCCCGUGCGUUCUCCCACCGACAUCUCCCUUACUCAACUGGCCCAUGUCCCCUCCAAUGAGGAUGUUGGCGAAGGCUCGAGUCGUACUGGCGAAGACGAAGACCACCAGCACCCACCACUGGACCCAGACGAUAUCGACCAAAUCCCACCACCCGAGUAUUCAAGCCCCGACGGCAGUCUGCGGGGCAGCCAUGACGAGGAGCACCCGCCAAUACCCAGCUAUGAUGCGGCGGUUGGCAAUCACCACGACCAUACCCGGUAG